AUGCGCACACACCUCUCCGUUAAAGAUGUGAAAAUGGCGGAGCUACAAAUGCUUCUGGAAGAGGAGAUCCCGGCCGGACGAAGCGCGUUAUUAGACAGUUUCACCAAUUUGGAAAGGGUCGCGGAGUACUGCGAGAGCAACUAUGUGCAGUCUCCAGACAAGCAGAGGGCGUUGGAGGAGACCAAGAACUACACCACCCAGUCUCUGGCCAGCGUGGCCUACCUGAUCAACACACUGGCCAACAACGUGCUGCAGAUGCUGGACAUCCAGGCCUCGCAGCUGCGCCGCAUGGAGUCCUCCAUCAACCACAUCUCACAGACGGUGGACAUCCACAAAGAGAAGGUCGCCCGGCGGGAGAUCGGCAUUCUCACCACCAACAAAAACACCUCGCGCACGCACAAAAUCAUCGCCCCCGCCAACCCGGAGAGGCCCGUGCGCUACAUCCGAAAGCCCGUCGACUACAGCCUGCUGGACGACAUGGGUCACGGAGUCAAGGCCAGCGCUCAGAACAUGAAGACCGGAGGCGGAGCGCUCCCUCGCACCAACCCCCCCACACAGAAGCCCCCCAGCCCGCCCAUGUCGGGCAAAGGGACCCUCGGGCGCCACUCCCCCUAUAGGACGCUUGAGCCGGUGCGUCCGCCCGUUGUCCCUAACGACUACGUCUCGAGCCCGACUCGCAACAUGGCGCACCCCCAGCAGAGCCCUGCACGCACUGCAUCCGUUAAUCAGAGGAACCGCACGUACAGCAGCGGGAGCAGCGGAGGCAGCCACCCCAGCAGCAGCCGCAGCAGCAGCCGGGAGAACAGCGGCAGCGGCAGCGUGGGCGUGCCCAUCGCCGUGCCAACCCCGGCCCCGCCCACAGCCUUCCCAGGUUCUGCCCCCGCCCCACCCAACUCAGCUAAACCUCCCCCAAACACUGCCACCACCCCUGGGCCUCCUCCUUCUACCCUAGACGGCCCCCCACAGGCCCCUAACCCCCCCAUAGAGAUCCCGCCUGUACCCCCGCCCCCUCCCCAGCUCCCGGCCUCUACGGCCCCCACUGGCUCCGGCCCUGCUGCUUAUGGCAACCCCGCACAAGGUGCUCCUCAGUUCUACAGCAUGAACCGCCCCGCGCAGCAGCCCCCCAACCCCCCGGUGGGCGGCUCCCUGCCCUACCGCCGGCCCUCCUCCGUCACCGGUCAGCCGAACAUGGCACACAACCAGAACCAGCUCAACGGGGGGCCGCACUUCACUCCCAACCAAGCCGGCCCACAAGCCCCCCCUCCCCCCACAAUGCAGAUCACCCCUCAGCUGCCUCUGAUGGGCUUUGUGGCCCGAGUUCAGGAGACUAUCUCGGACGUGCCGCCUCCGCCCCCGCCCGCUGAAGACCCGGUGUUCGAAGAGCCCACCCCUCCCCCGCCGCCUCCUGAAGACUACGAGGACGAGGAGGAGGAAGAGGAGUCGGCGGUGGUGGAAUACAGCGACCCGUACGCCGAGGAGGACCCCCCCUGGGCACCGCGGACCUACAUGGAGAAAGUGGUGGCCAUCUACGACUACGCCCGCGACAAGGAGGACGAGCUUUCAUUCCAGGAGGGCGCCAUCAUCUACGUGAUCAAGAAGAACGACGACGGCUGGUUCGAGGGCGUGAUGAACGGGACCACGGGGCUCUUCCCCGGCAACUACGUCGAGUCCAUCAUGCACUACGCCGAUUGAGCAGCCCCCCCACCCCCCACCCCCUCGAGCGGGAGGGAGCGCCCGGCGGGGGAAGCGGAAGGAAAGGGGGGAGGGGGAGCCGAGAGUUUGAAGGUCUCAGACUUUGUCCAGACAGAGCAUGAUCACCUGCGGGCCGAGAGACGGACGAGAGGGAGGGGAGCCGGUUCUUAGGUCACGAAAAUCCGACGUCGCUCUGUCGACUUCGCCGUCGCCAUUGUAAAACAACCACUACUCUCCAUAUAUCCUUCCCUCUAACCGUUUCUUUCUUUGACCGAGAAGGUGCGGACGGUGAUUGUUUUUCUUUACAGAGUUUUGUGUUACAUUACGAAGCCACUACAUUCAAGAUAUAUAUAUAUAUAUAUUUUCUUUUUUUUUGUUGUGUUUUACCAGUUUGCCCUUAUUUUAGAAUAUAUAUUUAUUAGUAGUGGGAUAAAAGGCGGGCAGGUCGCCGCCGACAGGCACCCAGCCACCAAUCACAAGCGGCAGCAUCUGGGAAAAGGGCUGGAGGAAAAUGCCUUCUCCUACUUAGGUUUUCUCAACACUCCAGAGACAACAGUUAUCCUCAGUGGGGGGGUGGGGGUCGGGGGGUUGGGGUGGAUGUUACCUCAGCAAGGGAUGGUGUGCCAAAGCUGAGCACGAUAAGCACAUCGGACAUCGUCUUUUGAAACGACACGCAAAAGCUAAAGUGGGUCAGAAAGAACAUCUGGAAGCAAACGGGAGUCCCCUCAAAGUGCUGUAAGGAGAGAUGUCUGCCCAUUUUUCUGCUACGUCGAGUUGAUUAAAUGUCUUUUUCUUUUUUUUUUUGAGAGGUCAGGCCGACAAAAAGGGGGUUUAGUCACUACAAACUUCGAUUAGGGAGCCGGCGAGCCUUCUUCAGGCGAAGGAAUGGUCGCCCAGCCCUCGAAUCCGAAAAAAGGAGGAUGUUUGGAGUGCACUGUGAUGUGGACGUUUGGAGUGCGGCUCUCGUGGUCAGUAGCAGGAGGUGCGGUAGCUCAACGGGACCUCGCGUCCAUCGUCUUUACUACAAGGCUCGGUGUGGAGUUUUGGCUCACUGAGCGGGUUGGGGGAACGAACCCCUUUUCCGCUCCGGAUGAUGAUUACCGUCUUAAUAUUUUUAGAUAUGGUGUGGUUUUGGUUUUUGAUAUUCACCCGCGACACAGACGACAGUGCAUUUAGGCUCAUCUCCAAGAUGCUUGUGCCAUAUUGACGUGUGCGAUGCUGUUUUUUGCUGAAGGUUUUUUUCAGUUGUUUUUCUUUUUCCAACCACUUCGUUUGCAAUAAGACGGCCGGAGUGGGAAUAACCGUGGUUCAAAGGUUCAAAU